CCAGCCUGCCUGCUUCUGUGUGUGUGAGUGUGUGUGUGUGUGCGAGUGUGUUUGUGUGCACGGAAGGGUGAGCGUGCGGCUUAGUUAAGCCUAAUGUGGUUAAAAGCUUUAAUAUUGAUGGCCUGUCAACUUUGUCCCGAUUCUUUGCCUUUCAGUUAAAAGGUUUUUGUUGUUGUAGCUUAUGCAGUGGCUCCGUUGCUAUGGAAACAUGACAUCGAAAUGACGUCCCUCUGUUUAAAAGCUUUUAGCUAAAUUCCAGCCUGUCAGAUGGUAGGCCCCAUCUUGUGCUACCAGCCGCCGCUUGUGUGCUGCCCGGUGCGAAGAGCCUCCUCGGCCGGCAGCUGCCAUGGCUUCAGCUCCGGCUCCUGCUUGCCUGCUGUCGGUCCAGAGCGAGAAGCACCGACGAGCGCGUAACUGGACCGAAGCCGAGAUGCGAGGCCUGAUGCUGGUCUGGGAGGAAUUCUUCGAGGAGCUCAAGCAGACCAAAAGGAACGCCAAAGUUUACGAGAAAAUGGCCAACAAACUCUUCGAAAUGACGGGCGAAAUCCGGCACGGGGAAGAGAUCAAGAUUAAAAUCACCAACAUGACCUUCCAAUACAGGAAAUUAAAGUGCAUGACUGAUAGCGAAACUUUGGCGCCCGAUUGGCCUUAUUUCAAAACCAUUGAUAGAAUAUUAUCUAAAGUCCCGGAGCACAACGACGUGAAAAUUCACGAUAGCCAGCAACCGGGUCCUUCCACCUCCCAGACCGAAGCCUCACAAUCGCCUUCCACCAAAUCGGCGCCUCUUUAUUUGCCAUAUAAUCAGUUCCCGUACGAAGGCCGAGAAGAAUUCUUCGAAGAUGCCCAUUCAGAGAGCUCCUCCAGCUUAAUUUCGUAUAAAUUAAGAACAGAAGAGCGACCGGUGAAGAAAAGAAAAGUGCAAAGCUGCAGUUUUCAAAAGAAGAAGUUGAAGCUGAUGGAAGCCAUGCUGGAAGAGCAGAAAAAACUGAGCCGAGCUAUGGAGGAAACAUGUCGAGAAGUCCGAAGGACUCUGGACCAACAGAACAUUAUCCAAGUCCAGAGUUUGCAGCUACAGGAAAGAAUGAUGAAUUUACUGGAGAAGAUGAUCACCAAAGCCAAUGUUUAAAUUUCUGCCUGGGGGGAAAAAGAAAAAAGAAAAAAAAAAAAGGAAGGAAACUUAACCUGUUUUGAUAGAAAUGGCUUAUUUCAUAUCCCUAGGAUAGCUUCUUCCUUCCAGUUCACCGAAAUUUAAAUCCAACCCUGAUCUCCAUGAAUCUCCUUUCAUGAAAAUCCACGACAUUUGGUUUCCUGCUCGAGAAAAAGCACCGAUCUUAGCGGUGCCGAAGAGGGGGGUGGGGAAAAAAACUAAGGCAAAUGAAGGAAAGAAAUCUCCGGAAGCUUACAGGACCCAAAGAUGGACUCAACUGCUGCGAUUCAAGCCUUCGGUCCACGGAGACCACGGAGAAGAGAGGGGAGCAAUGCAACCUCAAGGACGAGGCUCUAAGGAGGCUGCACUGAACAGGGGGCAGGAAAACAAGAGCUGGGAAGAUAGACACGGGGACGGUCCCUGCAGAAGAAGCAGGAGGUCCCUAGAAAUUCCCCCACCAACCCAAAAAAGAUCCGGGAACGAAUAGCCGAAUCUCUACCAUUAAGCCUCCUCAUCCCCUUCCUUACUCUCUCAUCUGAAGCUCCAGGAUCUCUCGAGGAUAAUUCAAUACACUGAAUGAUCACCUACGAUGGAAAGAAAAAAAAAUAAUAACAACAGGAAAAUUCUAAAAGGAUUCUUGUACUUGCAGAUACUGUAGUCUGUGGGGGAGGAAAAAUAUGCGAGAAGGAUUAUAUGCCACAAAUUUAUUUAUUAUGUUCCUUUCUACAAAACAUAAUUAUUUCCCCUACAGCGUACUUGCUAAAAUAGGGUUAGUUUUAAAAGACAUUUAAAGAGCGACAAGGAAAUGUUAUUUAUAUUUUAAAUAUAACGCGAAGGCCCAGCGAUCCUAUUCCAAAGUUA